GAUGUAUGACUAAGGACAAGAGGUUGUACUAAAAGUCGCUUUCGGACAUUUUAGCCCGAUUUGAAAAAAAGCGAGGCGUUAUUUUCUUCCUUGUUCCCCCCUUGAAGACGUACUCGUUUGGACUCGACCGUUACCGCAAUAAGGUGCGCUUACCCCAAGUUUAAAUCGACACACGAGACUCAACCCGAAAGUCAUUCCGCGAGACCUCAAGGCUCUACAGCCCCUGCUGGAUCCAGUUUUAUUUUCUUUUACACAGAAAAGGAUGUAUCGAAACUUUGGGAGUCAAGAGAGAGGCAACCCGGCGUACACCGGCGGUGUCUCUGGGUCACACUCUGCUACCCAGGGAAGCACCAGCACUUCAACUACACAACAGGAGCAGAAGUUUACAGUGGCUGGCAGUGGUCAGUUUGUACCAAGCCUCAAUGCCAUCACAACCAACCAGGACCUCCAGUGGCUAGUCCAGCCAUCCCUCAUGCAUCCACCGGGCCCGUCACAAUCUUCAAUACCUCCUUACCCAACCCUCUCAGGGGCACGGCCGUUGGGUCCGCUAUCCUCCCACUCCCAUUAUCUCAGACCGGGGGUCAUAAGAACAGCUGCACACACCAGUGCUGCAACAAGGCACAGGAACGAUGAACAUUUAUCCCGGGAAGAGAUGGAGAGACGUAGAGUAAGAAGGGAGCGGAAUAAACUGGCAGCAGCAAAAUGUCGCAAUCGCCGCCGGGAGCUGACAGACACAUUGCAAAAUGAGACCGAGCAGCUGGAGGAUGAGAAGUCACGGUUACAGAAGGAAAUAGCUGAACUACAAAAGGAGAGAGAUAAGCUUGAGCUGGUCCUGGAGGCUCACCGUCCCAUUUGUAAAAUAGAGGAGUCUGAUUCGGAUUCUGACCCAAAUCCAACCCAUUCCUCCGUGGGAGGCAUCAAAAUGGAGCCAGGGGACUCCAGGAGACCUGGACCCUCAACCAAACUAACAACAAAGAUGGAGAAGCCCAAACCAAAGAUAACCAUCCCCAGCAAGCCUGUGAUAUCGCCUGCCUCCGCUGUUGCCAUUGAAUCAGAGUCGCUCCACACCCCUGUUCUCCCAUCUACCCCCUCACUCAUGCCCUUCACAGCUAGCAUGGUGUUCACCUAUCCCUCAGCCCCGUUGGACACCGCCUCCAUCACAUCCCAUGCUACAUCACAGCAGGGAAACGUCCCACAGUCUCAUGGCCCGCAGCCCUGUGGGGUUGCUCAUCGCCGCAGCAGCAGCAGCGGUGACCAAUCGGAUCACUCCCUGCACUCCCCAACCAUCCUCACUCUGUGAUUGGCGGCCCCCGUCAUCCUGGCAUAACACUAAUGUUAAUUUCCAUGCAGUCGUAGUGUGUGUGUGUGUGUGUGUGUGUGUGUGUGUGACAAACAGGAUCUCUGGGAAACGUGACAAAAUGAAAAUGAUGAUUGUGAUAACCAUUUCAAAAUUCGCUACGUGCCUCUGCUUCAUUUAAUUUAUUUAGAAAGUUAAUUUUGUACUUAGAUGAUAUGCAAUUAAAUGGCAUUACUAAGAUAUGAAUGUUACACUCUUUUUAGUUUUGAUAUAUAUGUAAAAUCUUAAAAUUUCUCAUUUUGAAAGCUAUCAGGUAGAAUGAGUAUGUUUGAGAUUUAUUAUGGAAACAUUGCAUGCAGAAUAUAUUCUAUGAAGAAUUACUAUACAAGAUUUCUACAAAUAAAUCUAAUAAUAUAUUAAUAGUGAUAAUUAAUUAAUAAUAAUGUUGCAUUUAAUGACUUGUUACAAUGUUACGUCGUGUUAUGUAACACUUUAUAAAUGUCCCCACAAAGGGAAAUAGUACUUUUUCAAAUAAAUGGUCCUUAUUUUUAUAUGACUCUUUUAAGAAUCCUAAUAUUGUCUAUGCAAAUUAUUGACCACUAAGGCUGGCCCGUAGGAGUUAAUAUAGAUUAUGGAAUUAAUGUAUUUAUUUUUGAGAGUGUAAUAUAUUUUUGGUAAUGUUUUCUGUUCUGGUGGGCAGUGCCUUACUUUUUUGUCAAAGCUGUACUACUUCACAGACAAUAAAGAACGUUUCAUAA